UAUGGGUGAUUUCUGGGCAUUUUUUCGUUCCUGUGAGCUUCCCCUGCACUUGCCGCCGGCUUCUCUCCCCCUACAGCUCCGGUUUCUACAGCUGGAGAAUUAUGUGGUGGCGGGACUAAACCCGUUUUACACGAGCAUGACUGAUUUGAAGUGAAAGGUCUUAUGCUUUUCAUUAAAUUAAGCAUGCCUACUUGAAAUUUAAUGAUUGUCCUGAUGAUGUGAAAGUGAUUGGUAAAUUAUGUUUUUCUGUUAACUUUGGCCUGUUUUGUCUCCGAUGUGGUUAUGUUCUUGUAACCCUGCUAGUGGGGGUUAAACGCUAGCACAUGUCGGCACAUGUCGAUAUGUCCCUGUUAGAACCGGUUCAUUCCUGUAAUCCUGUUAGUAGGAGUUAAACACUAGUAAUUCCUAUUGCCUGCCAGUGGGAGGUUUAAACACUGGUCAUGACCUAUAGAGGAGACGUCUAUUUCGUUCCCGCACUGUAUCCAUUUUUCGUGAUUGUACUUGUUGGCAUGCUAUAAGUUUAAUAAGGGCACUCCAUAUUUUACUUACUGAGUUUAUCUCAUAGUUUUUCCUUGUCCACCAUUUCAGGAAGCGAAACUGAGGACGGGGAAACCACGGGAAGUGACGAGUUAAAAGGCUAGCCAUUUCGAGAUUGAUAUAGAUUUUUAGAAAUAAAUCAUGAUCUUGUAAACUAGAGUGUAUUGGAGAUUUUAUGAUAUGAGAGAAAAUUUUAAAGAUUUGAUCUUCAGAUUUUGGUGGUAUCAGAGUACAGUAUGAUAAGUUCCGAGCCUUGUGCGUUUGUGGGACCCGUCUCACGAGUGCACGGCGUCUGUCGCGCCUCAGAUUUGGGUUUUGGGGCGUGACAGCUUCACUCCAAAGAGAUAGAGGCAUAUGACUAAUCAUGCUUCUUACCAUAUCCAUAAGUGUCCUAUUCCUUCUUUCUUUCUGCAACUCCAUGUUGUUGAGGUGUUCCAAGCAUUGUACACCAAGCUACAAUACCUUCUUCUGUUAACAACUUAGCAAAUGGACUUGCCCUUUGUCCCCUUUCUGUGUAUCUUCUAUAGCACUCCCUUCCUUUAUUAGACCUUACAAUUUUAAUCU